GAAGAAACUAACCGCAAAAUUAUUUAAUCAUGAAAUUGUUAAAUAUUUAUCUAAAAUCUCGGAAUUACACAAACAAACGGCUGUUUUCAAAGUUAAACUUAAAAACCAGCGACAUCGAAAUACUUAAUAAAGCUUACCCGAGAGAUGAAUUUUCCAACGUAACUACCAAAGUGGUCGGCUUUUUAGGAAGAAACAUUUACCUGCAGCCCCAUCACCCUCUAAAUCUAGUGAAACAACGCGUUGUCAAUCAUUUCUACAAAUCGUUCGUUAACAGAAGAGGCAACCCUUUGUUUUCCGUACAUGAACAACUGCAGCCUAUCGUAAGCGUAUCGCAGAAUUUCGAUAGUCUACUAAUACCCGAAGGGCACCCUUCGAGGAACAAAAGCGACUGUUACUACAUUAAUAAACACCAUCUAUUUCGGGCUCACAUGACUGCUCACCAAAACGAGCUGAUCAAAUCAGGCCUUAAUGAAUUCCUAAUGAUCGGAGACGUGUAUAGAAGAGACGAGAUAGAUCGGACGCAUUAUCCAGUUUUCCACCAAAUCGACGCCGUAAGAUUAAUAUCGAAUGCACAGUUGUUUUCUGAAAAUAACAGCUUAAAUAUGUUCGAAGAAGGAAAUAACACAGCCUUUACUGGUAAUCAAGAAAAACAAGCUUGUCAUUCCCUAGAAGCGGUGAAGUUAUUGGAGUACGAGCUUAAAGAGACAUUGUUCCAGCUGGCCAAAGAAUUGUUCGGAAAAGACGUUAAAUAUAGAUGGGUAGAUACAGUUUUUCCGUUCACUCAACCGUCUUGGGAACUGGAGAUAUUCCACAAUGACGAAUGGAUCGAAGUGCUUGGUUGUGGCAUAAUGCAGCAGGCCAUAUUGAACAACGCCGGUGUAAAAGAUAAGAUCGGUUGGGCUUUCGGUUUGGGAUUGGAACGUUUAGCGAUGUGCUUGUACAAAAUACCCGAUAUAAGGUUGUUCUGGUCGAACGACACCGGUUUCCUUAAUCAGUUCAAAGACAAGGAAUGUACGGAUGAAAUUACAUACGUUCCUAUUAGUCAGUUUCCUCAAUGUAAACACGACAUUAGUUUCUGGUUGCCGGAUACUGGGGAAUACUCCAGUAAUGAUUUUUACGAUUUGGCAAGGAAUAUCGGUGGAGAUCUCAUCGAACAAAUCGAAUUGAUCGAUAAUUUUACUAAUCCGAAGAAUGGUAAAACUAGUCAUUGCUACAGAAUUACCUACAGGCAUAUGGAGAAAACUUUAACGCAUAAAGAAGUAAACAAAAUUCACAAAAAAAUAGAGAGUGUUGUUAACGAAAUGGGCUGUACUGUUAGAUAAAUAAGUAAAUAAAAUUUUUAUAAGAGAAAUAACAGUUAAAUUGUAACAUGUCUAUGUUCGAUAAUUCGUUUCCCACCUCUA